UUUUCAAAAUGCAGACAUUAUCCCGGUUGUCUUGAUUGAAAUGAACAAGAGUCCUGUAAAUUCAUAGGAAAUCUCAAUGUUGGUUUUAUUCUUUAUGUUGUUUAAGCAAUGCUGCAGACAUUUUUCGGAUGUUAAUGUCUUAGGGAAACUGUUUUUCGUUCGCCAAUUCAGCAUUUGAAGUGAACCACAUAUUGAACCUGGGCUUGUAGCGCUUCAGAUUACAGCUUUUGAGUUUGUUCUUUGAGAUGUAAUUGUUGUAUAUUUUGUUGAAACAGCUGAGCUAGGGAAAACGCCGUGCAUAUACUACUGCUUAUUGAGAUACCGCUGAUAAUCAUGGCUGACGAUGCUGGUACGCUGCCUCCACCUGCCGCAAAGUGGAAGAUUCCGAUCUCUGUUUUCUUCAACGAUGCUAGAUGUGUUUUCAAAAGGGAUGAACUCGGGGUGGAAAUACUGCAGAUUGCGCUCCCUGCAGCCCUGGCGUUGGCUGCUGAUCCAAUAGCAUCUCUGAUUGACACCGCGUUUAUUGGCCAUUUAGGUCCGGUUGAGAUCGCAGCUGUAGGAGUUUCCAUUGCUAUAUUCAAUCAAGCCUCCAAAGUCACUAUAUUCCCACUUGUCAGCAUCACUACUUCAUUUGUAGCCGAGGAAGACACCGUCAACAGAAUCAACGCUGAACAGCAAAAGGGCGACGACUUAGAGAAAGGAUCCACCAAGAAAACAGAAACCAAACCAGCUGUGGUGCAUGAAAACGAUGCAACGAACAAAAACUUAGAGAAGGGUACUUCUACAAUGAAGGACGAUGCAAAAGAUGAAGAUCAAGAACUGAAAACAACCAUAUGUAAGUCUCUUGAUGCUCCCAGCAGCAGUCCAGAUAAGGAGAAAACAAAGAGUGAGCGUCGACAUAUUCCUUCAGCAUCUACUGCACUGGCUCUGGGAGGUGUUCUUGGACUCCUUCAGACCAUAUUCCUCAUAUUUCUCGCGAAACCGUUCUUAAGUCUCAUGGGCGUGAAAUCAGGAUCUCCAAUGUUAUCUCCAGCACAGAAGUAUCUAACGAUAAGGUCACUUGGGGCGCCAGCUGUUCUUCUGUCUUUAGCCAUGCAAGGGGUCUUUCGAGGAUUUAAGGAUACUAAAACUCCUCUUUAUGCAACAGUUGCAGGAGACUUAACCAAUAUUAUCUUGGACCCGAUUUUCAUAUUCGCUUGUCGAUUGGGUGUGAGCGGUGCAGCCAUCGCUCAUGUCCUAUCGCAGUACUUAAUCUCUCUGAUUCUCUUGUUCAAGUUAAUGAAACAAGUUGAUCUGCUACCUCCCAGCAUUAAAGAUUUGCAGUUGAGCAAAUUUCUCAAGAAUGGUUUCCUGUUGCUAGCAAGAGUUGUAGCUGCAACCAUUUGUGUGACUUUGGCAGCAUCAAUGGCUGCAAGGCUCGGCCCUACUCCGAUGGCUGCCUUUCAGGUAUGCUUGCAGGUAUGGAUGACAUCGUCACUUCUUGCUGAUGGCUUGGCUGUUGCUGGACAGGCCAUCCUUGCUUGUGCAUUUGCUGAGAAAGACUAUCAGAAAGCUACAGCUGCUGCAGCCCGAGUGCUGCAGAUGGGAUUUGUACUAGGACUCGGCCUCGCCCUUCUCGUUGGACUUGGUCUCCAGUUCGGAUCAGGAAUAUUCACCAAGGACAAACACGUUAUUCAUGUCAUAGCCAUAGGCAUCCCGUUUGUAGCAGCUACGCAACCUAUAAACUCACUAGCAUUCGUCUUUGAUGGCGUUAACUUCGGAGCAUCCGACUUCGCAUAUUCUGCAUACUCCAUGGUAUUAGUCUCCAUAGCAAGCAUUGGAUCCUUGUUUGUUCUGUCCAAAACUAAUGGCUUUGUCGGAAUAUGGCUUGCCUUAACCAUCUACAUGGGCUUAAGAACAUUUGCUGGUUUCUGGAGGAUGGGCACAGGAACAGGGCCGUGGCAAUUUCUUAAGAGUCGAACGUUGCCAUCAAACAACAUAUCAUCGUAGAGUUUACGUGAACUCUGUAAUAAAAUCCGACUUAGGACGUUGUUUUUCCUAGGCCCUUUUCUGUCUAUUGUUAUUUUAUAUUGUUUAUAGGGUAGAAUCGUUCUUGUACUGCGUACGUACGUUCUGCCCUGUGUCCUGUACGAUUAUUCCUACAUGUACUAGGGGUUAUGUAAAUAAAACAUAUGAUGGUGACGACUCAAUUUUGCUGCUGAAUUUUCAUCAUUUUCUGUAAUGAUUCUGAGCUUUGUCACUAUAGCA